CAACCUACAGGCACUGCGAACUUGAGCAGCCAGGAACCGCUGAAAAUAGCACUUCGUUUUCUUUCUUUGUGUGCUAAACUAUAUUCUUUCUUCACUCAAUUUUUUGUUUUCUCCCCCUCCCCGCAGUUGUUUCCCAUUAGUAACUCGAUCUGAUCUCUCACAGCAGAAAAGAUUCGCCUCCUCGGGCCCCUUUCCCCUCCUCCCGUGUUUGUUUGUUUUCUGCACACCUCCUUCAGGGAGCCGCUAGAGCUUUACCGCCACCUCCCCCUUGCCUUUUCCUCCCCAAAUAGACCCAUUUCCACUCUGUCUGCCUUUCUUCUUGCUUUCUUCCUCUCGCGCUGUCCCCGCGCGUCUCUGCGCUCCUCCGCCGCGCAGCCCUCCGCGGUCCCGCGGCUCCUUCCCUCGGAUGAGCUGAGAGCUCCGGGCGCGUGUUUAUGGAAAUAGUGGCGUGCCGAGCAGAAGACAGCUCGUGUCCUUUCCGCCCCCCAGCCAUGCUCUUCCACGGGAUCUCCGGAGGCCACAUCCAAGGCAUCAUGGAAGAGAUGGAGCGCAGAUCCAAGAGCGAGGCCCGUCUGGCCAAAGGCGCGCAGCUCAACGGCCGUGACGCGGGGAUGCCCCCGCUGAGCCCGGAGAAGCCCGCUCUGUGCGCCGGGUGCGGGGGCAAGAUCUCGGACAGGUACUACUUGCUGGCCGUGGACAAGCAGUGGCACCUGAGGUGCCUGAAGUGCUGUGAAUGUAAGCUGGCGCUCGAGUCUGAGCUCACCUGCUUCGCCAAGGACGGCAGCAUUUACUGCAAGGAGGAUUACUACAGAAGGUUCUCUGUGCAGAGAUGUGCCCGCUGCCACCUUGGCAUUUCUGCCUCCGAGAUGGUCAUGCGCGCCCGAGACUCUGUCUACCACCUGAGCUGCUUCACCUGCUCCACCUGCAACAAGACUCUGACCACGGGCGACCAUUUCGGCAUGAAGGACAGCCUGGUGUACUGCCGCGCCCACUUCGAGACCCUCUUGCAAGGAGAGUAUCCACCGCAGCUGAGCUACACGGAGCUGGCAGCCAAGAGCGGCGGCUUGGCCCUUCCUUACUUCAAUGGCACCGGCACGGUGCAGAAAGGGCGGCCCCGGAAGCGGAAGAGCCCUGCGCUGGGAGUGGACAUAGUCAAUUACAACUCAGGUUGUAACGAGAAUGAAGCGGACCACUUGGACCGGGACCAACAGCCUUAUCCACCCUCACAGAAGACCAAGCGUAUGCGAACCUCCUUCAAGCACCAUCAGCUCCGGACCAUGAAAUCCUACUUUGCCAUCAACCACAACCCGGAUGCCAAGGACCUCAAGCAGCUUGCUCAGAAAACAGGCCUAACCAAAAGAGUUUUGCAGGGAGAACCAAUCUUGGGGCAUUACAGCCAAACAUCCCGACGUUUGAAAAUUCCCUAAAGUAUUAAAGGAAGGGGAAAAGUUUGAUCGGAAAUCCACUGCAGUGAAGACAAAGACACUAUUAGGUUAUGAUAAUCAUACAUUUAAAAAUUUAUUGAGCCAAAAAAAAAACCAAUAGAGAGAGAGAGAGUGAGACUUAAAUGUCAUUUAUUGAAUGUUAACAAAACUUCUGUUCUUUAUGAUGUCUAACACAAAUGAAGGCUUAAAAUUAUGUGAUUUUUAAAAAAUUAGAUAACUAUGUAUAAACCAGAGCAACCUGGCAGUAAUAUGCCCAUGCCAUAUUUGGAGAAAACUAUUACCGAAAAAAAAAAACCACACAUUUGUCAAGCACAAUAGUUGUAAAAUAAAGUCCAGAAACAUUCAUUUCACCUGCUUGCUAAUGUGUAUUAGUCCUAUCUGUUAAUGGCAUUUUCCAACUGUAAAUUCAAAGAAAAGCUAUCACUCAUUUAAGAGUAUAGGGAUCAAAACGCAGUCAUUUUAGUAUUAUUGUUUAUUACUUCCUUUUUAAACAGAAAUCUCU